AUGCUCGCUGCCAUGAGGACUGUUGUUGAGCGAGAUGCACCGGGCAAGGCCAACACGAUCGACGAGCUGCCCGACAUGAACAACGACGACGCCACCGACGAGAAAGGCGACCCAAUCGGUGUUUUGGCUCCUUCGUCGUCGAAGCCCAUCGCUCUACAACCGAACAAGGAUAACGGGGCCGGCUCGCCCAUGGCCAUUACUGCCGCCCCUGAGCACGUUGGCUGCUUCACGUUGAGCCGGAUGGAGGUGUUCCUUCGCAACCGGAUCACCGACAACCCCAGAGCUUCGACACUCGUGCGGGUGAACAGCAAGGCCGACAUGACCCCCCAGGAGUGUGCUGGUAUCUGCGCCGGUGGGGGGCACGAUGUCUUCGCGGUCAGCAGAGGCGACCUGUUCACCUGCUUGUCGGAAGCAGACUCUGCCGGUUUCCUCGGCGGCAGGGGUAAUGGCGUGUGCAAUUCCCCGUGCACCGGCGACGCUUCACAAACGUGCGGAGGACAUGCCGCGUUUGACGCGUACAAGAUAGUCCCCAGGGGAGACGACGAGAACGCCGACGGCAUCGCCUUGGGCAACUCACCUACCACCACCGAUACCGCCACAACCUCCCCAACUACCGGUUUCGGCGUGGACGUGCUUUAA